CGGGAUACUCUCUCACGAGGGAGACGCCGACGCGGAACGUCGUCCGUGAGAUAUAAAUUAACGAUGAAAUUCAUUGCCUGCUUUUGCAAAUAUCACGAGACAGCCUAAGCAAAAAUGCAUGAGGCACACCGUGCCAUGCCUCGUUGAGGAACGUGUCAUGGCAGGCCUGCUGCUAUUGGGGUUGCUGGCCUGCGCCCCCGUGGCUUCUUCAGAAAUCCCUCUUCUUAUCCUUUCUGAACUCUGCUACUAUCCUCUCAACAUGGAUUACAUUGAUCAAGAAUUAGGAAAUUUCACUCUAAAAAUCCUGCCUCCGGAAGAUGUUUGUGAGGACCCUUCCAAGCUGCUGCACAUAUUAUCAACAAGUAAGGCUCCUCUUUUGGGGUCGCUUAGUUCGGAAUUUUGUUCCCCGGCUUACAUUAUCGCAAAUUUUUAUAAUACCACUCUCGUAACCUGGAACUGUCCAAAGAGUACAAGAGGAAUCGAUACUCGAGAUUUAAGACUUGCUCCCUCGAUUCCUACAAUAACUACAGGAUUUGCGAAGGUUGUGGCUAACAUGAAGUGGAAAUCAGUCGCAAUUGUUGCCAGCAGGGACGGGUGGUGGCCUUCUCUGUCACAAUCCAUCGACAUACAAUUACGAGAGAUUGGAAUUAUCCCGCGACACUUUUUCAUGAUAGAGAGAAACAGCUCGAGAAGACAUCUUGAAAAUAAGUUGAGAAUUUUGAAGAGGAUCUCGUGCCGAGCUGUAAUAGCGUGUCUACCUGCGGAUGAGACCGGCAAAAUGGUGUUGGAAGUAAUUGAUAACCUCCAACUGGCCCACGAUCACAACACAUUAACGGUGUUUAUGGACGUAUCGAAUUUGCUCUCGUGGAAAUACGCUCUCGCGCAAAAAAACACCACCGAAGCGGACUCAAACGCAACAAAUUAUCUGGACUCGGUCAGUGCGGUUAGUAAAAAAUACGUAUUGAUCUACAGCGAGGCCGACAACGCGAGUUUAGAAAGUGUCGUUUUGAAAAACAUUCAAAAAUCCAUCGCGAGCUUCAGCGGCGUGCAGGAUCAGCUGGACGCUUUCCUGCUGACGGGCCUGCACGAGGACGAUGCGUUUCGGCCGCUGUUAACCGUCAGCAGGGACAAUUCGAGUGACUUUGUGGUGGUCGAGGUCUCGGACAAUUUGGAGGAGUGGAUGCUCAAGCACAAACAGUUGGAUGAGUGUGAGGGGUGUGAACCCGAACUCGCCAAAUCGCUGAGUGUGUUGGGGAUUCUGGGGUGCUCCUGCUUGUUUCUCACGGUGCUCCUUGGGACGGUGGCGCUGGCCAGGAGUCAGUUGCUGAAAAAGCGGGUUUCAAAAGGACCCUACAAGGUUUUGUUGACCGCCACCGAUUUUGUCUUCCCUCAGAUCGCCGACAGUCGCAGGGUAGAUGAAGGUAUCGAAGCGAUGUUGUGUUGUUGGCUACAACAGCUUCAGGAAUUCGGGGGUCCUGAAGUGGAUAAGCCGGAUCUAUUACAAGGCUCAGGGGCAUCGGUGAAAACGCCAUUACGUGGAGGGUCCAGUCCGAAUCUGGCAAAACAACUCAUUGUAGACCCUCGAGUCCGAUAUAAUGGUGAUUUGGUGCAAAUGAAACCGGUGCCUUCAACAGGAGGCACUGUCGAGUUGAAAGCGAAAACCGUGGAACUCUUGGUGUUACUGCACGGUUUAAGACACGAGAACCUAAAUCCGUUGAUAGGAUGUCUGGCAGAACCGCCAAGAGCAGCUCUCGUGAGUGAAUACUGCGCUCGAGGUUCUUUGCAGGACGUGCUCCAGCAGGAUGACAUCAAGCUCGACUGGUCUUUCCGCUUGAGUCUGCUUACGGAUUUAGUCCGGGGCAUGAAAUACCUUCAUUCCACACCAAUCCGGGUCCACGGCUAUUUGACAUCUCGUAAUUGCGUUAUUGAUGCGAGGUGGGUGUUGAAAGUCACAGAUUACGGAUUACCUGCCUUUUAUGAAGCACAAGGGAUACAACCGCCAGUUAAGACUGCCAGAGAGCUCUUAUGGACGGCACCAGAGCUGUUACGACAUGCUAGUUUAAGGAAAAAAGGAACACAGCCUGGGGAUGUGUAUUCGUUUGGAAUUGUUUUACAAGAAGUGGUCGUUAGAGGAGAACCAUUCUGUAUGCUCGCUUUGACACCUGAAGAAAUUAUCGAAAAAGUAAAACGGCCUCCGCCUCUUAUCCGGCCUUCGGUCAGUAAAGGAGCUGCUCCUCCGGAAGCUAUAAAUAUAAUGCGUCAGUGUUGGGCCGAACAAGCCGAAAUGCGUCCAGAUUUCAACACAGUUCAUGACCAGUUCAAGAAAUUAAAUCACGGAAGAAAAGUAAACAUCGUAGAUACGAUGUUUCAAAUGCUCGAAAAGUACUCUAACAACUUGGAGGAACUAAUACGGGAAAGAACCGAGCAGCUCGACAUUGAAAAGAAAAAGACAGAGCAACUGUUAAAUCGUAUGCUUCCAAGUUCUGUGGCGGAAAAGUUAAAGUUGGGAAUGCCGGUGGACCCGGAGGAAUUCGAAGAAGUGACGAUUUAUUUUUCGGACAUUGUCGGUUUUACGACAAUAUCUGCACAUUCGACCCCUUUUCAAGUGGUCGAUCUUUUGAACGAUCUUUAUACGUGUUUCGACGCCACCAUCAAUGCUUACAACGUCUACAAAGUUGAAACCAUCGGAGAUGCUUAUAUGGUAGUUGGAGGAUUGCCGGUUCGUGUUCCUGAUCACGCUGAACAAAUUGCCACAAUGGCUCUGGAUUUGUUGCAUCAGAGUGGUCGCUUUCGCAUCACCCAUCUCCCGGGAACACCUUUGCGGUUGAGGAUAGGUCUCCACACAGGUCCCUGCUGUGCCGGCGUUGUAGGCUUAACGAUGCCAAGAUACUGUCUAUUUGGUGAUACUGUUAACACAGCUUCAAGAAUGGAAUCAACAGGUGCUGCAUGGAGGAUACACUUAUCCGAAGCAACGAAAGAGCGUUUGGAGAAAGCGGGAGGUUAUCAACUAGAAUAUAGAGGUCCUACAAAAAUAAAAGGAAAAGGGACAAUGCACACGUAUUGGUUGCUGGGAAAAGCUGGCUUCGAUAAACUGCUUCCGGUUCCUCCAUCCUUGGAGGAAAGUCACGGAUUAGACGAAAGUCUUAUUAUCUCUAAGUCGAUAUCUGGUAAUCUGAAGCACGAGGAAACGACAACGUCGGGUGAUUCGAUCUCGGUGGAAUCGCGUCAACAGCCUUUCAGUGAAGAUCAUCAACCAAAAUCACCUAACCCGAAUCCUUCGUUUAUUAAAACAAUGGAACACUCGAAAUUCUCAAGUCUUGUUAAAACGCAGGACGAAACGACGACCAUGAGACACGAUUAUCACAUGGUAAAAAGCACAUCAAGUGACACUCCAAUGUCUCUAGGAACUCCGGUGUCGGCUACAGAAGUUGCGGCUGCUUUACUGGGGGCUUCAACCAGUUCACUUUGUGGAUUUAGGAGACACCGCAAGAUUGAAGAGGAAGAUUUGAGUACUCCAUAUAAUCAUUACAAAUGCCUCAGUCCGAAGCAUCGAAUUGGAAAACUACUAAGGAGGCAAUUUAGUUUAGAUAGAACGGAGGAAAUACGAACGGAAGACUCCUUACAUUUUUUGUUUCAGACGAGUCCCAGACUGUUCAAGCAGAAUUCAGCAGGAGCAGCAGAUCUGGAAAAAAUUGAAGAAGUUCCAAUGAAACUUCCAGUUUCGCCUGCACCAAGUACAACCCCUCUACAAUGCACUUUGUCUAUAUCAGCAGAUUCUCUUAUCCAUUAAAGGGAGAGUCGGCUAAAUGGAAAAUCGACGUAAAACAAUAAUAAUUAUUAGACAAUCACCUUCCUCAGAUUUAACUUUUUUGUAGUGAUUUUUAUUUGUUUUAUACUUAUUUAAAUAAAUUAAUAUAUUUUUCUCUGUUUGCUAUCAAAAAUAAAUAAAAAGUGCGCUGAUUAAAACUUAAUUUACAUUUUAUGCAAAUAUUUUAACUAAAAUGGCACUUUUAAGUGUUACACUUUGAUUUUUGUGUUUGUUAUUUCUUUUGUGACUACUGUCUAAAUCUGAAAUUCUAAUUUGUAUAAAGUGUAGACUUUAAAAGGAAAUGAAACGCACACUUCUUGAAUAAUCCAUAUAGUUACAAUACCAUCAACAAUUUGUCUCCGAAUGACUAAUGAAUGUGUUACUUAAAUGGACUCUAGAACAUUUAUCUUACUUUCUUCUAGUUUGGAUGUAAAGUUUGUUUUAUAGCUGCAAUUGUCAAAAGUUUGAAUGUAACAUAAAAAUUGGGUAGACAAUCCUCUCAAGUCUCUAAAUAGACUCAAGAUCAAUGUUGAUAUGUUUAAAAGUAUAUUUAAAUGUUGUUAAAACGUAUUUAUUAUUAGAUUUAUCAACAUUUUUUCUAUUCGAAUUUAUUCACAUGAUUUUAUC